AAAGCAGGAGGGCACACCGACAAUUCGGAACCGCAUGCUUCUUCCAGACUGAUCUUAUCUCGAGCAUAGUCCUCGCAGCGAACACGUUGCAGAGAACGCGCGCGCGCCGUCCACGAAGAAGGAAACUCUGUGGUACGAAACCACGUUCGCCCGGUCCCAUGUCACGUCGAGAAGGCUUCUCGCAGUCCUCGAGGAUGCGCCGUGUCCACGGAGCCUGCCGUGAACAGAAGAUACCCGCGAGCUUAUAUGCACAGGCAUAGACGGAGGGACAUCUCCAUCCUCAGGGCUCAUCUAUGCAGAACAACGCGCAGAAUAUGGGCGAUAACCGACGCAACGGCAAUCUAUCGCAAGGAGGCCAGGGUGGCCAGGGCUCAGGGGGCCCCCCUGCGUCCUCCCCAACCUCGCCACCCAAUGCCGAUGGACAGGCUACUGCUAGCCAGAACCCGGAGCUUCUGGCGGUCAACGAGCUGCUGUCGACAAUGAAGCUUACGCUCACGACGCUCGGAAGCACAUUCGACUCGUUGGGUAAACAAACUGUGAGCGUCGCCUCGUUGUGCCCGAGGAUCGAAGCAGCUCGUGAGAUCCAUGAGACAGGCGAGCAGCUCAAGGAGCGGCAGAAGAAGCAGGACGAUCGCAUGAAGGAGCUUCAGGAGGCCCUCGCCGCGAACGUGAAGGAGCAGCGCGAGAAGUGGCUGAACGCCAGAGUGAACGGCAUCGUGGCGGAGAUCGUGAGCAAGGAGGUCCCCCGGCGAGUCGACUACCAGCUCAACGUACAGAUCCCGAACGAGCUCAAAAACGAAGUCAACGAGUACAAACGGCGCAUCCUGCAGGUGAAGAUCCAACUGCACAACUCUGACGCUAAGAGAAGGAACUCGUUGCUGCACUCACCCUCGCCCGCCGGCGACGGGCAGCUCUCCCACCUCCUACCGCCGCUCGCCGCCGGAGUGCUCGAGCUCCCCAAAUGCCCCGCCUUCUUCCCUCCACGCCUCAACGGCCUCUUCAAGCUCAGCGCCCAAGAGGUAAUCUCGCUCCUCCAAGCGUAUGGCAUAGAGGAAUGCACCGACGCAGCGGCCGCGAGUCCGCUGUCGCCGGGCGGGGCUGCGCGCGAGGAGAAUCUGAACCGCCUGAUGCAGUUCAUCGGGGUUGGGCUGCUCGUUGUACCUCCUUUGUCCCCAUCUCCGGAGGGUGGCGAGAGUUUUCUCAAGAGCCCCGUAGUGACCAGGCGCCCCGGGUGGCCAUUCUAAAGCUGAAAGAGUCACCAUAUCAUGACUGCGCUUAUGUACGAAGUUCAAAUUCAUGUGCCAUGUAAGGUGUACCAGUAUCACCUGCUUGUUCGCGCUGUGUCUUGGAUGCACAUGAGCCCCUGAAAUUCACGGUACUG